AUGUCACCUACUACUACUACAACACAAAAGCGAUGGUUGCCACAAUGGGUGCUUCGUCUCCUCGGCUACUCGUCAUUAGCAGCAGCUCUCAUUAGUGUUGCCAUUUUCUUGUACAAACGAUUUCCCCCAUCGAGUCGACCUCCACGUCGAGCAGUCGGUAGUGGUGAACGGCAGGCACCGACCACUUGGAGUGCAAGACUUUUGAGAGGAUCUAAAAAGAAAAUGACCUUGUCGUUAAAGAAUACUGUAUUAUGGAAUCCAUCAUCGGAUGUUGACACGCCCAACCAUGCAUUUCAAGAAAAGGCGGUGGCAAUGCUUACACGACUAGCACAGCUGUACGAUAUUUACACGAUCAUACAUAUCAACUCGGAUGAAGAACGAGAUCAAAUCUUUGAAUUACUCACCAAGGCUGGAUUGCUUGAUGUGCUCGACAAUCGCAAAAUUCUCCAAUGCUCAACAGAAGAAGGCAAAAUUCACAUGAUUCGCCAUAUUGAACCCCAUGUACACAUUGAAGGCGGAUGGGAAUUGGAUGAUGGUGAAGAUAUCGUACGUAAGCUGCGUCCCUUUGUCGCCAAGCUUGUAUGGGUCAUUACUAGGCGAAGACGAAGCUCUUUCAACCAAGCUCGACUCAAGGAAUCGGAUCAGGGCAUCCUCGGACCCAAUGUAGAGCUCACUGAAAAAUUGUUGGAUACCUCUUUUGCACGUGAAGUGGGAUAUAGCCCAGAAGAAUAA